UUUCCAACUACUCACUCUUGUUGCUAGCUGCUAUUACUACUGUAGUUACUGCUCGCUUUUCUCAAUCAUACGAUCAAUGGUCUCGCGCCACUGAGCACUUGGACCUCACACUGUUAUUCCUGUAACGAAGACUUCCCUAUUUUCACUAGUGGCUUCACAAUUGUUCUUUGCCAAUGAAGCCAGGAUGAUAUCUCGAUCUAGGAGUAGUAUAUCACGUAAACGUGGGCCUUUUCGAGAUCACCCCCUCAGUGGGAAGACAUCGGCUAUUGGCAUUGAACUUUGCAAGUGUCGCCACCUCUGUUGCUUGUACUGUAUCCCGCUGUGGUCUUCUCUAUAUCGUUGCAUCGUCGAUGUUGAUGGGACUAGAAGGAUCGCUCCGUGAGGAUGCUCCCGAACAACUCUGUUAUGGUGUUUUAUGUAGUCUCCUCCGUAUUAUCGUCUCACACAAUUUUGCCCACAUAAUAAGUGUGGCUUCCAAGCUCAUCAUCAAAUUACCAUCUGCACUAGCUCAAGGGCACUCUGUGCUCCGUGGUCGUCAUCUAUUGUGUAACUAUUCAAUCCGUCUUUGCUCUCGUCGUUUACUACGAGCUCUCUAUUAUCGUAUGGUUGAGAUGAGCCACUCCUGCCCAUUGCAUCAGUACACUCCUAGUGUAUUUAUUGCUCAAUACUGCUACUAUUACUGCUCUGUGGUGACACGACUAUCAUUGUUAUUCUCCUGUCACCAUCAUCACUCAGUUCCAUCGGCCAUAUUCUGAUAUAGGGCGUGUAUCUAAGUACCCGAGCCCGCGAAAUCGCUCUUUGGCGAGGUUACGUAUUUACCGUCCGCUCUUUUCUGUGGCUUCUACUACCUCAGUGAUCGUCGCUUAUCCUUCUCGUCUCGCUGUCCUUACGUCCUACUACCUAGUGUCUAUUAUACCAAAUAGUUAGUCAGCUGCCCAUUACCACUACUCCUAUUACUAGCAUCACCUUAUAAUAAAAAUUAUCGGAGGUUCUUACACAUGUUGCUCUGACAAUUCCAUACCUAUUCCUACUGCUGAUGGCUUAACCCGUUUCACUUCCUGAUGGAGGUGUUGCUCGUAGUCGUCUUCGCAGUAGUGCUUGCAUGUCUGAGUGAUAUUGUCCCUAUAUGAUACCUCCGUGUCUUCUUAUCUCUUUGCGGUUUCGCAUGAUGCAUAAGGAUCGACACUGAUGACCAGUUUUCAACUACCGCUCUCAAGGGGAUUCCGCUACUGGUUUUUCCUUGAGUGACGGCGUCUCUGUCUUCAGCA